AUUCGGGUUUACUUCGUUCCUAAAUGGGCGAAAGGUGGAGAUUCCAUGGAGAUCGUCUUUCACGAUGAGCAUGGGACUAGGAUUCAUGCACAUCUUGCUCGGGGGGAAAAAGAGAAGUUUGAAAAGCAAAUCAUUGAGGGUGGUGUUUACGCCAUUCGAAAUGUUUUUGUCCAUGACAACUAUCAAAGGUUGAAAACUGCUAGCAAUGAUAAGCUCUUGGGUUUUUUCAAAAAGACCGAAGUGAAAACUUUAAAUCGGAAUAAUUUCCCCCGGAUGAUGUUCGACUUGAAGCCAUUUUUAAUUCUUCAAAGUCAACCAUGUUUGAAUGAUCAACUUCUCAUUGGUAAUUAGAAACCUAAACCGCUGGUUUAGGUUUCUACCCCAAAGCAGAGUCGGCCACCACCAAGUUUCUUCGCGCCUUCACAGUAGCGUAACACCAUGUUUGCUUCAUUGCUUGCUUCUGUAUCGUCAAAACCGGCUGCCAUCCAUUGUCUGUUGCAAUUUGACGGAAAAUGGGGCGGUCAUGGUGGCUUCUCCUACACACAUGCAUAUGAGAUCGACAUUCCGCUUCAGUCAUCAUUCACUGAUUUGUUGGAGGUCAUUCGUGAUACGGUACCAUCCUCUUAUGAAAAUUCAGUUUUUAAGAUUUCACAUAUGUCUGAUUCAUGCUCGACUCAUGUUGUGAUUGAUGAUGAUACGAGCCUUUAUGCAUACAUUCGGUUGAAGAGCAUUCACUGUGGUACACGUGAAUUCCCUUUGUGUGUUGAAAUAGGUAAUUCUUCUGAAACUGUCGCUCCUAAAGGAGGUUUAGUCCUUUCGGAGUUACAUCAACCUCUUCUUUGUCAUCAUUCCGUCUCCAAUUCAAGCGGCUGCGAAGAUACAGAAUCAGAUGGCUCUCUCUCUGAUUUUGGAGCAAACCAAACCUUGUGCAUUUGGGAUGAAGGCGUUAUACCAUCACAAAUGCGAUUUCCGCCCGGGUUUGUACUCGACACAUUUCGUGGAGAUGAAAUUCCUGAGAAUAACGUCCAAACCAACGACCUUGAUUGCAGGAACUACCUUCAAUCCAACCCGUCUGGUUAUGUAAUGUCUCAGCAGGACAUUGCCACAAUGAAGGAGAUGCACGUUACAUCUCGGUUCGAUCCUACUAGAAUUGUUGUUGAUGCCAUUUAUGCCAGCAAAAAGGAUCUUGAUAUCCAUUUGAAGAUGUACAAUCGUGAACAUCAAUGCCCCAUCGAUGCGCGCCAAGGCAAAACACGUCAAGCUACGUAUCACAUUAUUGCAGAGCUUGUUAAACACAAAUUUUGUGAUGCAACAACGAAGCCGUACCCCCCCAAAUCUAUUCUUUCCGACAUGCGUAGGGAGCAUGGAAUUGAAAUGACUUAUAAGAAGGCUUGGUUUUCUAAAGAGAAGGCUCUGGAAAUUUGUUUUGGGACAGUUCAAGAAUCAUAUGCUGCCUUGCCAUCCAUGUGUUUUCUGGGAUGUUUGACCCAGAAUGCCCAUGAGCCGGUUGUCAUGCUGUUGAGUUUUUGCCACCCAAGGCGUUAUAGGGGUGCUGUCACUGUCUCUACUGCGUUUCAUGUUACAAAGAUGCUGUUCGAUGGUAAUUCUGAUGAGGUCACUGGAUUUAGAGCCAGGUUACCUCCACAGGUGGACGAAGGUAGUAUCGUUCUAAGCGGUGGAGCAUAUGGGGAAGAAGGUGUUGUGAAGACUACCACAAUCAAGGCUCUAUUGGACACCACAAAGCCUGGCCCCUACUGGGUUGUUGGGAACAUAGCAUCGAUUCAUGACUCGGGUGACUGGUGCUACUUAGGGUGCACUGAUUGCAACAAAAAGGUCAUUCCUGAUGGUGAUAAAUUCAGGUGUUCAGGUUGUGACUUUACCAUGCCGCACGGAGUCUACAGGUCAAUGUUCGAGUAUAUGAUUCGACUGGUCAUGCUUCGUUCAUACUCUGGGAUCGGGAGUGCACAGAACUUUUGGGUGCAAAAAGAGAUGGACUCGAAUUUCCUCCCUGCUGAACUUAAUCGGUUGCUUGGUCUACGAGGGUUGUUUCAUAUUCAAGUGAAAGCCGAAGAGGGGAGUCAACACUGGACUAGACCAAGAGCGUUUGGAGUUAGAUCUUUGGUCACAGAUUCAAAGAUCUUGAGCAAAUAUGAAGACUUGAGUGUUGUCGAAGAUGAAGGAAUUGAUGAAGAAAGCGAAGGAUUGUGGGCAUCUCUUGAGGAUUUGAGUCAGAAAGUUCAUGAAGUGUUGGUUCGAGUGAUCCAAGCUCCACCCAGAGUGUCAACAACAAGUCGAAAAGAAUUGGUGAGUUGGUCAAAAAUGACUCGGUGAAGAGAGAGCUGUUUGAUAAAUCAUCUACUAAUGAGGCCAAGAAAACCAAGAAGGAUCCCGCCAGCCUGUGAAGCUCCAUGAAGUGUUGUUAGUUUUAACCACCU